CAAAAGCCAAAGAAAACCAUGAUUGUGACUACAAGUCCCAAGCCACAGAUUGUAACAUCAGUGGCAGUAGUAACAACAUCAACAAGUGUAUCAUCAACAGUAACAGCAGGGACAACAGUUUCCCAGGAGAACAAGCAGAUCGACAUGAACACGGUUCCUAGCUCUCUAGGAUUAGGAGAGCAGAAACGGACUGACCACGCCUACAGUCAGAGACCCAAGACUCAAAUAACCACAAAACCUUUGACAUCAACUCAAGUGUCUGAACUGUUGCGCAGCUCUCCAGCCUCGGAAGUACUGAAGACUCUAAGUUUGUCCACAGGGUCACCUGCUGUGUCAAAUACACCUGUGACAGCAGUGGUGACAUCCAGUCUCCCUGGUACAGUGACAAAUAGUUCCUCUGACUUUAUGUCGAGUUUUCAAAACUUUGUUAAUAGCCAACAAUCUCCCCAGCUUUCCUCUCAGGUUCAGCAUCCUCUUACCAAGUCCUUGUUCACCCUGAGCCAGGAUUUAAAAAACAAAAUGCAGACCACAGUGACUGUGUCCAAAACUAAAUCCAAGUCCCCUAUAACUGUCACUUGGAAAGGGUCUUCAGGGGCCAUGAAAGGUCAAGGCCACCAUUUAAUCAAAACCACCAGUUCUCCUGGUGUUUACAAUAGUUCAGUAGUGGACACAACAAAAACCUCUCCAAAAACUUCCCCGGUGGCUCCAUUGAAGGGCCAAAACGCCAGCAUAGUGACCAGCAGUGGACAGCAGGUAUACAUUCAAAGAUCUCAGCAACCAGUUCAAACAAACUCAGUUUCUUCCUCAUCUAUGCAGUCGGCCCAGGGAAAAACUUCACACACUGCCAAUGUUGCAAGUUCUCUCCACAAAGAUCAGGGACAGAAAGCAGGGGGGCUGGCUGGACCCCAGGGAGCUACUGUCAGCCCCACACAUCAGGGCACCAAACCCAAACCUAGCGUCCCAGCAGCAGCAGCUGGUAAUGCAGGGAGAUUACAGCAGGGGCAACAGUCCAGCAUCAUGUCUACAGCAGCUAAUGUGACGGACCAGAAAGGAAAUUCUGUUCUUGGGAGAACACCUUCCAGUUCUGGAAGACAAGGGCAGACAGGUGGUCUGCAGCAGGAUGCUAACCACACAGAUAAAGUGGUAAAGACUUUGUUUUCAGGUGAUUUUAUUACCUCACACUCAGGCCAAGAGCAGGGUAACAGCCACAGAGGAGGAGGAGAUGCAGUGCAGCAAAAAACUGUAAGUCCUCAACAGCAACAAAAACAACAGCUACAGCAACAAAUUCAGGCUAGGUUAUUGCAGCAGCAGCAUUUGACAGAGUACCAGCAGGCAGAUUUGGUGCAGCAACAUUUAAAGGCCGCAAUUCAACAGAAACAAAAACAUCAACAGCAGAAAGUAUUACAGCAACAACAACAGAAACCGUCUCAACAAAAGUCCUCCACCGCUUCUCAACAAGAAGCAAAGAGAAAAAGCAGCAAUGAGGCUCUGUUACAGCAUAUGAAACAACAACAGAUGCAGAGAACUCUCAGUGCUCAACAACAGCAACAACAGAAAGGUCAGUCAAGGUCUCUGUUGACAGGAGGCACUUCUGCAUGGACCAGCGACUCUGCUCAGCAAAUCUACUCAUCAGCGCUGACUUCCCCAGACGUAGCACCCUCUCAGGGGUUGAACUACAAGAGCAAAACAGCGGCAGCAGCAGCCACACAGAAACCCGACUCUGCGUUCUGUGUUCCCUACAUGCGAAGUCUGUCCUCUGGUGGUGUACCAGGGGUGUCCCCCACCCUGUCCUUGGCUGGGGUCACCAGUGCUCUCCCAGGGGUCCCACCGUCCCUCACUCUGGCCGGAGCUGGGGGGUUUGAUAUUGUAGAAUACUUGAAAGGCUCCCCUGUCACUCCUACCUCCUUGUCAAGAUCUGCAGCUGACCUUUCACCAGCACAUGGUGGUCAGUUUGGUAACACCAGUCCAGUGGUUGUCCAGCAGACCACGCCCCCUCGUGCUGGCCACUCCCCUAGCCACUCCACACCAUCACCGCUCCACCAACAAACUUCACCACUUCACGGCCACGCGGCACAGUACGGACUGGGAACUCCACAUAUGUAUCCUUCAAUUCAUACUACCUCACCGCUGCAUCAUCUACCUCCUAACACUCUGCCGUAUGGGACGCACGUCACAGCUGACCCAGCUCAAGGCAAACACAAGUACUGAGAAGACAAGCUGUGAGGUGGAUAGAGCUCCAGACUUCCCACAGAUGGUCCACACUGUCCACGUCCUGUUCUGUAUUUAUACAUGUAAUGUGUGCUUGACUACACAACAUAGGCAUCAUACACACUGAUAUAUCCGGGAGUCUUCUUCACUUAACUGACAGGUUACAAAGAUGGAGAUGUCAACUUUUGUUGCAAUUUUGACCAUAGUGACAGAGAAAACUCAUCUAUUUGUUCUUCCCUGGAUUGUCUUUAAGUUCACCUUUACUUGUUGUGGUAUUGAAGUAAGGACUGGAUCCUGAUGUUAAGUUUAAAAAUUAAACUGGUGUAGGAUAUUUGUAGUCUAACACUGAUACAUGACUGCUUGCUAUUGUAUAGUGAAGUACAAGAUCAACACAAUAGAUGGCACUGUGUGACAACAACCAGUUUUCUGGUCGUUAUGGCAACUUGGCAGUUGGAGAUUAUCAGAUACGAUUACACUUUAAUAACAGAUGCUAUGUCUGUCAAAUUAUCUGUUGCUAUGGAUUCUUAUAAUUCAAUGAUCUCAUAUAAGGCCAUAUGUCUGUGUUAUUUGUGAUAUUUAUGAAUUAUUAUCCACAGAUGUUAGCUGAAAUGGUCUUGUAGAGAAUAAUAGUGAAUUGCCUCAGUAUGAGAACAUAAUGUUACAGACAAAAUGAGUAAUAAUGGCAGUGAGAGGUAUAGCAUUAGACCCAUAUUAUUCAGUUUGAAGGGCAAGUUGGUAUUUAUUGUAAAAUAUUGUGUGAAUUGCUAUAGACUUGAUGUCUGGCUUUUGUUCCUGUUAAUCUGACCAUAUGCAAUGAAGGCAGUACAAUAGGUCGCUUCCAUAUCGUCUGCUAAACCUUGUGUGCUGCAAUUCUGGUGCUCCUUUCACAGGUGUUUUGGGAGCAACAAUUAUAAAAUAAUUUGUGUACAUAUUAUUGUAAAAACUUGAAUAUUUUGAAGUGUGUAGGAUGAAAUGACACGGAAGCCGUUUGAAAUAUUCAUGAUAUUGACAGUUGUUACGUAAUUUUUUGUUAGAUUCAGAAAGUUGAUAUAAGAUAUUUACAUUUUUUAUCAAUAAUUAUUCUUUCCAAAUGUAGUGUUGUUAUAUGUUGCAUCGAAGAAGCAUGACAAUUUUUUUUUCUCAAACCAUUUUUUGUUACAUUAUAUAUGCCAUCUUAUAGUAUUUGACUGUAUAUAGACGAGGCACAAUAUGUUGUCUGAAACAUUUGACGGGGAAUCCUUUUCAGCAGUAUUCAAAUAAAAUUUAUAUUCAACGUUUAAA